CAGUUGUAGUGGCCCCUGCACCGCAGGCACCCAGAGCCACCGUUUUUGCGGCACCGCCGGGACAACCUGGGGCCUGGGCGGUGGCGGCGUGGGGGGCUGCCAGCUUCAUGUCUUGCAGCUUACAGCUGCGCCCCCCGCACCAUACGCCAGGCCAGGCAGAACGGUGGCCGGGGGGGCUGGGGUGGUGGCCGGGUCAGGUGGUGUGGCAGCGGCUGCGCUGCGGCAGAGCGGAACGCUGGCGGGGGUACAGACCGCCAGCGCUGUGGGGGCUGCAGCCAGGGGGCAACAGGCAAGCUGCUAUCGCAAGGGUCAAGAGAAUUUGCUAGCUGCCUUUAGCUAUGCGGCGGCCAUGAGACCACCACAGAGAGAGUGCGGGGACGUGGCCGGGCGGCUGGAGCUCGGGGCUAAGGCACCAGCAGCAGCGGGGGCUGCAACGAACAGACUGCUGUUGCGGGGGUCAGGGCGGUCCACUAACACCCUUUGGCUGUGCAGCGGCCAUGAGACCACUGCAGAACAACCACGCAGCAACAUGGACACAGCCAACUUACUCCAGCAGUGAAGCAGAAGUGAGAGUGCCUCUUCCGUUACCACCAGUUCAACCAACACACAACAAAUUCACAACCGUUAAAGCACCACCGUGGAUCUCCUAUCAAGAAACCAACCCACAGCCCUCGCCAGCCUCAGAACAGCUUCUACGCCGAAGAUGGCCUGAUGGAGGAGGAAGAAGAGAAUUUAACGCCCAAGAAAUCUUAGCCGAGCUGUGGCAAACUGAACUCAGCAAGACAACAGAACCAGAAAAAAGACUAGCAGUUUUGGAUCCUGCAAAAGAGGAAGAACAGCAAACGUGGCUACAGCUACUACUUAAGCUCGAGGAGGAGAAUGCAGACUGGGAAAGCACACAGAACAUCUGCCUACCCAAGCCCAGACCAUCAGCAAAGUCAAAGCUACCAACGCUGAAGUGGACUGCAAGUGUACUGACUGCGUUGCUGGCAAUGACAGCUGUCAGUUUUGUACUGCAAAAAUUUCAGCUGGGACAACACCAUCCACCUACUGACAGAACCAACAAUUUAGAGGUAACAGACAUACAGCUGUCAGCUACCAUGUUUAAUUUUCUAAGUCACUAAAGGACAACUUUACUAAUUGACAGAUUAUCUGCUAUUAUAAAAAGUUCUUUUGUGUUACAGGGGGUAAGAAUAAUAAGAGGAGCCUCAAAUCAAGUAUUUACUUCUCACUAUUUUAAAAUGCUGUUAGACAAUAUGCCAUACACAACAUGGGAAGUCAAACCUAAACUAGUAGCAAAGAACCAACCAGUUACAAUUUCAACUACAGAAACACAGAAUUCUUUAUACACAGUCACUGUAAGAGCCUUGAGAAAGCAAAACAAACAAAACCCUCAUACAACACAAGCCCAAAGAUGCUCCACAAAGUUGCAACAUACAACAAUACACACCUCUAAAUCCACUCAAAACACAAACAUGCAUAAACUGGCCUAUACCCAAAUUAAACAAUUAGAAUGGGAGGCAAAGACAGGAAUAUCAAACAUAUUUAGCAGCAGAACAGAUAUAACCUCACAAUGGUCCUUAAAAAACAUCCAAACCUAUUUAACAAGUUUUCUUAAACUAGCAUCCCCAAAGCAAAACACAGACAUUAUAACCAACAAUAACCCAAACAUUAACUCUGUUUCCAUUGGACCCACUGAAAUCACUCAUUCUGUAGAACAGAGACUGUCUCUGUCAAAGAGGAAGUCAAUUAACAGCAGAUUUUUCCCAAAGGCAGCUUUAUUGCAGCUGAACCCACAAGUGACCCAAGAAACAGGUAACCCUAAAUCAAUAAAACAAUGGCCUUUCUUUAAAACAGAGGUGAUGCAUUUACAUACGCUAUUAGAAAACCAUAUACAGCCUCACUAUGUACAAAAAUCCUUUCACUAAUCUAUCAAUCUCUCAAACCUAAAGAAAGAUGGGUUUUCAUGCUUUUUGCCCCUAUCUCAGAGUUGGAAAAGAAUGAAGUUUUUGAAACUGAGAUUUUAUAACUUAUUUUUUAGUUAAAGAAAAGCGUAAAAAACACUUCUUGCAUGAUUGCCUUUGCAAAAAAGGAAAUAAUGUGUUGCUUCUUAAACAUAAUAACAGUAGUUUACUGUUAAACAAUUGGGUGGAAUUAGAUUUUGUCAUUUUCUACCGCUAUUCCUGUUCCUAUAAAAACUUUCCUACUAACUCCUUGGCUAAACAAAUAAGUGACUUGCCUUUGGGUGAGGAAGACAACAAGCAAGCCCCUCUUAUCUCUCACUCAGAAUCUCCUUUUUUACAUAAUGUGGAAAACGAAGGCAGGACAUGGCGAACUAAAACUUUGCUAACUAUUCACUCAUACCACUGCAUUUUGCAUUGUCAAGAAGAUAUAAGUUUUGCUUGUAACAUUUGUAGUUUUUUCCUUCAAAUCAGUUUUCUUAAAAGUGGUGUAAAUUGUUUUCUUGACAAUGGAAAUAAAGGGUAGAGGGUAGUUUAAAAAUAUUUACACAUGAAAUUUAACAUCUCACCAUCUUAAAGCCCAGUAUAUUCAUUAAUUCAUAUUUUUUAAAUAUAAAACUGAC